AUGGCUGCUCCCGUGUACGGGGCCAUGGAGACCUGGUAUUGGCACGGAAAUGCCUACGCCAACAGAGUGGUCAUGAGCGGAGUGAAGUGCUCGGGCACGGAGCUGUCCCUGGCUCACUGCCGCCACGGGGAGGACGUGGUCUGCCCCCAGGGCGGGGUGCAGUACGGGGCCGGAGUGGCCUGCUCAGAAAAGAUUGUCCAGCAGAGCACCUACCUGGAAGACCGGCCCAUGUUCAUGCUGCAGUGUGCCAUGGAGGAGAACUGCCUCUCGGCCUCGGCCGCCAAGACCGACCCCACCACGGGCUACCGCCGGCUUCUGCGCUUCUCCUCCCAGAUCCACAACAACGGCCAAUCUGACUUCCGACCCAAGAACGGCCGCCAUGCUUGGAUCUGGCACGACUGCCACAGGCACUACCACAGCAUGGAGGUGUUCACCUACUACGGCCUGUUGAACCUCAAUGGCACCAAGGUGGCAGAGGGCCACAAGGCCAGCUUCUGCCUGGAGGACACGGAAUGUGAAGGAGACAUCCAGAAGAAUUACGAGUGUGCCAACUUCGGCGAGCAGGGCAUCACCAUGGGCUGCUGGGACGUGUACCGCCACGACAUCGACUGCCAGUGGGUCGACAUCACCGACGUGCCUCCUGGAUUGUACCUGUUCCAGGUGGUUCCUUCAGUGAAGAGACUGAAAAGAAGUUUGAACACUUCAGUGGACUCAUAA